GCAAAUUUUAUCGAAUACAUGUUUUUUAUUUACUUAUUGAUGAAUUCAAAAGAAUUUUACAUUACACAUUUCAAUGAAAAGGUUUAGGAAAACUGGGAGAAAAAAAAAUAAACAUGAACGGAUAUUUUAUAUAAAAAAUAAAACGACACGAGUUCCACAGACUAUUCCGGCAGCCCAGAUAUAUUAAUAAAUUAGUUUAAACCGUACAUUUAAAGUGCAUGUACGUUAAUUUGUUUUUUUCUUUUCGUUCGCCCAUUUUAAAAUAUUAACAUUUUUUUUGUUGCAUUGUUAAAAAAAAAUGGUACAAUCUCCAACAGUGUAUGUUAAAUUAGCUCAAUUAGAAUAUUAUGCAGGUGAUCAAGUUUCAGGUGAAGUUGUUUUAAAUGUACCCGCUCAAUUGGAUAGUGGUUGCCGAUUAGACUUAAUUAUUUGGUGUGAAGAAUCUUGUGAAUGGGAAGAAGGGGCGUUACAGUCAAGCAUUUGGGAUACAGAAUUUCAAAGCAAAUUACGUCAGCGUUGUUCCGCUUUAGUGGCUAAAGAGAAUGUUAAUACAUUAAAAUAUCAGGGAAAUCACGUGAAUUAUAUUUGCCGUCUUUUAAUUUGGGAUUCUGAAAAUAAGCCUGUUGCUGCAGGUAAUUAUAUUAUACCUUUUGGCUUCAACGUACCGGCGAACGCCACUGCGUCUUGUCAUUUUAAGGGAGACGGAUGGAAAAUUAAUGUCCAACAUCAAUGCUUUGUUGCGUUACGUGAAGCUUUUUCAACAACAAAACAAAUAGAAACUAAAAAAAUGUUUCUCAAGCCGAUUAUGGAUGAUCUUUUGUCUCGUACAGAUCAUGAUUUAUUAGGUGCUACAAAUUUAAUUUCAUUUGUUGUUUUAGAAAAGCCUCUAUAUCAAGCUACUUUAAAAUCGUACAUUUUUCAAUGUUCGUAUACGAUUGGGUUUUUAUUUUUUGAAAAAACACAAUUAACUUUAACCAUAAAAAAAAAUUCACAAGCUUUUCUCCCUGGUGAAAUUGUACCUAUUAUCGUGGAAAUUGUGAAUCAAACUAGAAAUAAUAUUUUCAGUAUCUUUGUCACGCUUCGUAAUAUUAUCACACUCAAAUCAUCCGCUGGGAUUUAUAAGGAAAUAGUCCACCCGAUUUGUCGAUUAGCUCAACCUCUGAACGUUGCAGGACAUCAAGCAGAAACUUGUGAACAAAUAUACAUUCCUUUUCCCCUUCCCAUUGGAAUAGCUCCCACUUGUCAUGGAUCAACCGUUACAAAUGAAUGGGAUUUUCUUAUUUCUUGUAAUUAUAAACGAAAUUAUGGAAUAAAUAUGAAAUACACUGAGCAAGAUUUGAAUGUACCUGUGUGCAUUUGGCCGACAACUGUCAAUCCUUCAAAAACAGUUUCAAAUAUCACGAGAAACUGUUUCUUUAAUAAUAAUAUAGAAUUAUCUGAUAAAAGUUCCGAUACUUCCCCCUCUCAAGUGUCUUUAUUGCCCGUUCUCACAAAAGACACACCUGUGACAUUGUUGCCCACACAAGUUUUUAAAGUUGAUUAUGAUGUUCCAACUCCAAAAGUUGAGAAUGUUAUACGUUUAGCGUCAAGUAAAUUGAACACAGACCCGUCUAAAGAACUACUUCAAACACUACCACUUUUGAAUGUUUUUUUUCAAUAUGAACUGUGUCAUGAUUCUGGUGCUAUUUUAUCGCAAGAGUUACAAAAUUCUUUUGAAAUAAAAAAUGUAAAGCAAUCCAGAAAAAUAAAACUAAUGUCCAAGAAGAAAGCGAUUCCUUGUGCAACGCGUGUUGUCACACCCAUGCAAGAAUAAUUUUCUUUAAAAAUAUAUAUUUUCCGCAAUCAUCGUCAAUCGUUUACCUACUCGACACAAGCUCGUAUCUAAUAAAAUUCACUGGAAUACUUUUCCAACUUUAGAAAAAUGUCUAUCAAGUCUAUUAAAAAAGAGUAAUUCUUCCUAUUACUUAUUUUAUUAUACAUUAGUGACACGUAAAUAUGUUUUAAAAUUUUUUCACGAUAAACGAAUUUAAAUAACUAAAAAUGACGUUAAUAAACAUAAUAUAUGAAACGUUAAAGCAACAAGUAAUAGUAAACGUAAAGACUCGGUUAAAAAAACACAUUUGCGUGUUGCUCAAAAAACUACUACGAGUAACCGGAACCACGCGGGCGGGUCACUCGAAUGACAAGGGAGGGUCGUUGAACAACAAGGGAGGGUCCUUGAACGACAAGGGAGGGUCGUUGAACAACAAGGGAGGGUUCUUGAACGACAAGGGAGGGUUCUUGAACAACAAGGGAGGGUCCUUGAACGACAAGGGAGUCCUUGAAUGACAAGGGAGGGUCCUUGAACGACA